AUUCCACGUGUGAAUAGGAGAACAAGGGUUUACACUUACUGUGUAAUGUAAUUUCAGUGUGAUUCAAUAGAUGGCGCAACAGAGCUCUGCCUCCAACAUUAAAUCCGGUCGGUGACUAGUGAAAUAAAUAUUUGAGGAAGUACUUGAAUUUCCUUCAGAGUGACAACAAGAUAGACGGGCAGAUUGCUUUGAGUCUCCAUGAGUAGUGAUGGAGCGGAUGGUACCAUGCCUUCUCCUAUAUUAGGAGAAAUCAGGAUAACACGGGAGCAUUGAGCACCUCUACAAAAAGGAUCUGUAUCUAUAUCAAGAUGCUCUGAAGAAUAGCAACUAUCCUCAGGAACAUCUAGUGUUACAAAAUGACUAAAACUAAUUCUACCAUCUUCCAUUUUGUCAUCAUCUUCAUGUUAAUACUUGAGAUCAAAAUCCAGUUAUCCGAGGAAAGUGAAUUUUUAGUUGACAGAUCAAAGGGAGGUCUCACCCAUGUUCCCAAAGACUUAUCCUUGGAAACAACAAUCUUAGAUCUAUCACAAAAUGAUAUAUCUGAGCUUCAGGCUUCUGACAUCCUAUUACUAUCCAAGCUGAGGGUCUUGAGAAUUUCUCAUAAUAGAAUCCAGUAUCUUGACAUGAGCGUUUUCAAAUUUAACCAGGAACUGGAGUAUUUGGAUUUGUCCCACAACGAGUUGGAGAAGAUUUCUUGCCACAGUACUGUGAACCUCAAGCACUUAGACCUCUCAUUUAAUGCAUUUGAUGCCCUGCCCAUUUGCAAAGAGUUUGGCAACAUGUCUCAAUUAGAAUUUCUGGGUUUGAGUGCCACACAGCUACAAAAGUCUAGUGUGCUUCCAAUUGCUCAUUUGCAUAUCAAUAAGGUUUUAUUAGUCUUAGGAGACCAUUAUGGGGAAAAUGAAGACCCCGAGAGCCUUCAAGACCUUAACACAGAGAGUCUGCACGUUGUUUUCCCCGCAGGAAAGGAAUCCCACUUUGCUUUGGAUGUGUCAGUCAGUACGGCAGUAAGUCUGGAACUGUCGAAUAUCAAAUGUGUGCUAGAUGAUAAUGGAUAUUCUUAUGUCCUAAGUGUUCUGUCAAAACUUCAAAAUAAUUCAAGGAUAUCAAAUCUUACUUUAAACAACAUUGAGACAACUUGGCAUUCUUUCAUUACAAUGUUCCAGUUGGUUUGGCAUACAAGCAUAGAGUAUUUCUCAAUUUCAAAUGUGAAACUACAAGGUCGCCUUCAGGUCAGAGAUUUUGAUUAUUCUGACACCUCCCUGAAGGCCCUGUCUAUACACCAAGUUGUCAGUGAGAUGUUUAGUUUGCCACAAAGUUACAUCUAUAAAAUCUUUUCAAAUAUGAACAUCCAGAAUUUCACAGUGUCUGGUACACAUAUGGUCCACAUGGUUUGCCCAUCCCAAAUGAGCCCAUUUCUGCAUUUGGAUUUUUCCAAUAAUCUCUUAACAGACAUGGUUUUUAACAAUUGUGGAACCUUGACUAGGUUGGAGACACUUAGUUUACAAAUGAAUCAAUUAAAAAAACUUGCAAAUAUAGUUCAUAUGACCAAGGAGAUGAAGUCUCUACAACAAUUAGACAUUAGCCAGAAUUCUCUAAGCUAUGAUGAAAAUGAAGAAUAUUGCUCUUGGACUAUAAGUUUAUUAAGUUUAAAUAUGUCUUCAAAUAUACUCACUGAUUCUGUUUUCAGAUGUUUACCUCCCAGGCUCAGGGUACUUGAUCUUCACAGUAAUAGAAAAACAAGUAUCCCUGAAAAUGUCAUCCGUCUGGAAGCGUUGCAAGAACUCAAUCUUGCUUCCAAUUCUUUAGCCCACCUUCCUGGAUGUGAUUCCUUCAGCAGCCUCUCUGUACUGAUCAUUGACUUUAAUUCAAUUUCCAACCCAUCAGCUCAUUUCUUCCAGAGCUGCCAGAAGAUUAGGUCCAUAAAUGCAGGAAACAAUCCAUUCCAAUGUACAUGUGACUUGUUCCAGGGGACCCAGACCCGACACAGGGCCAGGAACACAUCUUUACACGAACUCCAAAGAACUCUUCAGUUUCAUGCCUUUAUUUCGUACAGUGAACACGAUUCUGCCUGGGUGAAGAAUGAAUUACUACCAAACCUAGAAAAAGAAGAUAUACGGAUUUGUCUGCAUGAGAGAAACUUUGUUCCUGGCAAGAGCAUUGUGGAAAAUAUCAUAAACUGUAUUGAGAAAAGUUACAAGUCCAUCUUUGUUUUGUCUCCCAACUUUGUUCAGAGCGAGUGGUGCCAUUAUGAACUCUAUUUUGCCCACCACAAUCUCUUUCAUGAAGGAUCUAAUAACUUAAUUCUGAUCUUGCUGGAAUCCAUUCCAAUGUAUUCUAUUCCUAGCAGCUAUCACAAACUCAAAACUCUCAUGGCACAGCGAACUUACUUGGAAUGGCCGAAGGAGAAGAGCAAACAUGGACUUUUUUGGGCGAACCUAAGAGCAUCCAUUCGAAUUAAGUUGAUGUACCAAGCAAAAGAAACAGAUCACACAUACAUCUAAAUAUGUCCCCCCUUUCACUUGCUGCUUUUGGAAGUUCCAACAAUGCCUUUAUUUUGCAUCAACACAAACCUAAACAUAAUUUUGAAUUUAUAAAAUAAACAAAAAUGUGUACUUUCAGGCCCCUGUUCACCAUUUAUUCAUGGUAAUAAAAAUGAAUGAAAUGAUAUAAUUUUGAUAUAAAGUCAAUUUCUAACAUA